UGUCAGAUGUUCAUUAAAACACUGAGCAAAAGUACACGGAGUUAUUGGGACCAUGCGCCAGAGACAGUCUGCGCCUCGACGCACAUGCAUGUUUUAGAGUUGAUGGUCGGUUUGCGACACAGUUUGGUAACAAAUCAACUGCAGGCAGAGUUUCCAAAAGACACGUGACUGAGUGAAACUUGGAGUGGGUUUAACAAUGGGGGGGAACUAAUACAUUUAUUUCUGAUGACGUGUCUGGUCAUUAUAAAUACUGGAGAAGGAGGGGGGAGCAACGUUUCCAUAUUUAUACAUUGGCGGGGACAUGACCCCCGUCUCCCGUGGCGAUUGCGCGCUUGCACACACGUGCACGCUGUAUGAAGUGCCCACAUAUGCACGUCCCGUGUUGCUGCAGGCUGGACUCGUGUUUCUAAGAUCCCUGCAGUUGUUGACAUCCCGUUCCCUCUGAAAUGCAACGCAACAUUUAAAAAAAAUAAAAAAUAAAAAAAUGGACCCGAUAACUUUAACAGCGGGGUAGGAAGAGAAAAAAAAAAGCCGUCUGGCAGCAGUCGAUAUUAAAAACAUGCAGAGGGAGACAAGCUCGGGGCCUUCCAGAGUCAGGAAAAAGACUUCGGAGAGCCGCAGCCAGGAGAUGGGUAUGGCAUUUCUAUUUUCCCCCAGCCCAUUGAUUUGUAUAUGAAAACAUAGCGCUUUUAUUCUCCCCCCUUCUGGGCUCUGCUUCUGAGUGAUCAGCUGAUGAAGAGACUAGCAGCUCGCCGCUAUGCUGGCUUGCUAAUUCUCUCCCCCACAGCUGCAGCCGAUCCUGAUAGCCAGCCUGCAGACUGCACUCAGCCUGAGGCAGGAGCAAACGGUACCCUGGAGGAGAUGGAAGAGGACAUCAGUCUGAAGAAACGUAAAAGUGAACAACAUGGAGAGAAAGAACUGCAGGCCACGCAGGAAACUGGUGAAAAAGUCAAAAGGAAGCGAGGACGUCCACCUGCUGAGAAACUGCCUCCGAACCCACCUGAACUCACCAGAACGCUGAGCACACUGGUAGAUAUGGUUAUCAACUACAAGGACGGGUUGGGUCGACAGAUCAGCAAAGGCUUUGUGCAGCUCCCCUCAAAGAAGGAGGUACCUGAGUACUACGAGCUGAUCCGAAAGCCUGUCGACUUCAGAAGGAUCAGGGAACGUGUGCGUAACCACAAGUACAGAAGUGUUGGGGAUUUGGAGAAGGAUAUUUUCCUCCUGUGUCACAAUGCUCAGACCUAUAACCUGGAGGGAUCUCAGAUCUAUGAGGAUUCAAUUGUCAUUAAGUCUGUUUUCGAGAGCGCAAGACAGCGAAUUGUCACAGACGAGGAACAAAAAGAGACGGUUAGCGCCAGUCACAGCGAUAAUGGCGGUGGAGCUGAAGACCAAUUUGUUCCAUCAGCAGUGAAACCAUUACCAGUCCAGCUAAAGAAAGGGAAUAAGGAGGAGAGAAGCAGAAAUACCAUGGCCAAGAGGCUCCACAGUGAUUUAGACAGCGAUGAGGAUCUAGAGGAUAACACCACAAAAGAUGAAGGUUGAACUAAAGGGCCCUCCAUGUUUUUGUAUUCUGGUUCAUGUCUAUUCUCUACCACAUUCCUUUUCAUUGGUUUCUCCAUUUUCUGAGCAAAAGAAAGGAAAAAAAACCUGGAAGGACCACUCAAAGAGAGCCACUUAUGGAACAUAAGAUGACUCAUGCCACUCAAACAUGUCUUGCUGCACAUAGGCUAUUCAUUUCAUUUACUGUAGCUGGUCUUUUAUUAUGACUCCACUUUUAUCUGCCUUAGUCUCUGUGAUUGCUUCUGCAAAUGUUAUGUAAAACACCAGUUUCACUGACUGUUUUUAAUCAGUAUAUUUGAUUGUAUGAAAUGCCUUCAUAUGUCUUGGAGCAUGAAAUGUAUCUCUCCUGAAGCUGGCUCCUCCAGAGUAGCACCCGCUGAUGACAAUAUUGACGUGUUCAGGGUCUGAGAAUCGAAGCACAUGGGUCGAUGUUUUUAAAGGAAAUGAAUGUGAUUUUAGAGAUGAUACAUCUUUGAUUUAAAAAGCAGUGGAAGUAUGAAGUCUUACUGAAGUAUUACUGAUAGUAAUGCUUUUGUCUGUUUCUGGUACUUGGUGGAAAAAGUUUGGUUCUGAUCAAGGGUACUCAAGUUGAACAUUUUUAUCCCUUGUGCUACAGUAUAUUCACAUAUUGUACAGUUUGUGUGAAAAGUAAGUUAAAUACAAAAUUUCUUUUCAUUUACUCUCCUGGUUGUUGGGGGGGAGGAAUACAUCAUUGUUAAGACAAUCCCUGGAAACAUGUAUCACUUAAACACUUGAGAAAUAAAUUUUACCAAAAGA